CUACUGCGUGGAUUAAAGAGUGAAAUUCGCUUUGAAUUGAAUUUCGGCAAAUAUCUGAUGCUUUACAGACAGAUUACAGUCGUAAAAUGAUAGAUAAUAGGUAGUUAGGUACCCACAGUAAGUACAGUUAUUGGAAAGUUUUUGCAGGCUAUGGGACAAAAAAAGCAAUGUUCGCUUGCCGGUUUACGAGCAGUGUUCGCCAAGGACGAUGCUGCGCGCGAGGCGAUCAACCCAUUUCACGACCGUGUCGCAUGAUAGCCAUUCGAUUUCGACUGCCGAAAAACAGCCACAACAGCUAGGAGUGUGGGUGCGCUCCGUGCAAUGCACACUGUCGGGUAAUGCGGGAUCGUUUGCAUGGUUCUUGCGUUAAUCUUAUCUAUUUUUACGGACUCGAUAUCGACUGCGAGAGCGGUACAUUUCAUGUAGCGGCUCACGGCCGUUUGAGUCGUCAGUCGAUAAGACAAUAGUAUUGACGUGGUAUUCCGGACGCUGGAUUUCAGGCGCAAUGCUGAAUCUCCUUCUGAAGGGAAUAACAUGACCGUCAGACUACUGAAUUUCCGCUUUUUGCGGAAGUUUGCUUUCGGAGGGAUCGUGAUGACGUUUUUGGGAUGGCUGUUGUAUACCAGCUAUUUGUCGACAAACAACAGCACCUUGCACAGAAACUUGGGAGAGUUCUUCGACGUUGGUCCGAAGCAGACCGCGAACAUCAGUAUGGCUUCUCACUCCGAUGAGUUGGCAUUAACCUCCCUGUCAGAGAUCAGAAAAUUACGAGCUCUAAGGAAACUGGUCGGGAAUCGCAACGUUCGCGCUUUGGAAAAAUUGGGGAAGCUCUCUGCCGAGAGAAAGAAUUUUCGCUAUGUGAUUGUGGCGCAAAUUCACAAUCGGUUGGCAUAUAUUCGAGCCCUGCUGGAUUCUUUAGCCGGGACUCACAACAUAUCCGACGCGCUUGUUAUCUUCAGCCAUGAUGUUGUGGAUGAACAAAUCGAUAAUUUUGUUUGGGAUGCGGAUACCACUUUCGAGAUUGUCCAGAUAUACUUUCCUCAUUCCCUACAACUGCACCCUAAUGAAUUUCCUGGCCCGUCUGCCUUGGAUUGCCCAGACAGAAUUAGUAAAGCUGAAGCGGCCAGUCUGCGUUGCAAUAAUCACGACCAUCCGGAUUCCUAUGGGCAUUAUCGGACUGCUAAAGUCACACAAAUCAAACAUCACUGGUGGUGGAAGUUUCACGUCCUCUUUAAUCACGUUCCUUGGGCUCAGAAUGGAUUACCAGUGAUAUUUCUGGAAGAGGAUCAUUACGUGCUCCCAGAUGCACUCUCCAUUCUGGACCGGCUUCUCGCAAUGAGAGACACUGCCUGCGCGCCGAAAUGUCCGGUGCUGUCAAUUGGGCACCACAAAACGAAGCUGACCGAAGAACCCAAUGCUUACCGGAAAUAUUUUGUCGAACAAUGGGCCGGUGCUCGCGAUAACAUUGGCAUUGUUUUUGACUUUGACCACUACAAAGCCAUUAAUAGUUGUGCGUCAAUUUUUUGCACUGUUGACGAUUACAACUGGGACUGGAGUUUGAAUUUUCUAACGGAUCGGUGUCUGAAGAAGGAAUACAAGAUGCUGUUGCCGUUGGCACCUCGUGUGUUGCACAUCGGUGAUUGUGGCGGUCUUCACCAUAGUCAAGGUUGCAAUCCACGGGAUUCCGUACGAAAAGCUAAGGAGACGGUGAGCGCUGUUGAAACACAACUGUUUCCUGAUAAACUGGAAAAGAUCACCUCUGAAUCGCUGCCUAAGUUAAGGAAUCCGAAACCCAACGGGGGAUGGGGAGAUCCACGGGAUAUAGAGUUAUGUCAGAACGUUUCACAGUCUUUCAGGUUUGGAAUGGAGCACGUUAAUUGAGGAAUUAUUUGGCUUGUUGGUGAUAUGAAUAUUUAUAUGGUUUACUGCUCCAGCCAUCUUAAUGCCAUGGCUUUUGAUCUCUUUAUCAGUUAUGUAGCGGAAGGUUUAUUAGUUAACAACUUUUCGGUUGCAUGCUCAAAACUCGAUGUAUUUACGGAUUGUGGAAAUCUACAGUAGUUGAUGAUAUUUCCCGGUAGUUGUUCGUGGAGAGUCAUCCUUAUGUGUCAUUUUGUUGAAACACUUGAUUUUAGUUGUGAACUGCGUUAGACAGUGGUUGUUUGCGAAGUUCGGAUUCAAAGUACAGUUAAAGUAGUGAUUAUAUUUUGUA